AUGCAAAAUGGAAUAUUUGAUAGUAGCAUUAAAAGCACAAUGCCAAGAAGCUAUUCAUUAUGGUCUUCUUCUGACUUGUUACAAAAUAAUGUUGAUAACAUGGACUUAGUUGAAAAUUUACAUUUGUGUAACUCAAUGGUUGAUGAUGUUGUAGCAAAAGUAUUAGAAGAUGAAACGUUAAAUUCAGAAAAUGGGGAUUAUUUGAAAUCUGAAAAUGAUUGCCGCUUUAAAAAUUCUAGUGUUUCGAAUAGCUUUUAUAACAUUUCUGAUUUGAAUUGGUCAAAUGUUCCUUGCAAUACUGAAAAAUCUACUUCAGCAAUUCAGGAGACUGAACUCAAGCUCUCUGAUUUUAAUUACAAGUCCAAAGAGUUUCCUGCAUUUGGUGAUUUUAAGCCAAAUAUGUUGGAUCGGUCAAGUGAAAUUUUAUCUCAUGGUCUCAGUUUUAAUUCUCUAAACAAAAAUUUUAAUUCUCUUAGAAAUUUUAUCGGUGGAAUGGGAGAAAGUAUGGAUUCUGGUUUUGCUUCUCCUGGUGAAAAACAAAUUCAAAAUUCUAGUGUAUUAGAAAAUGAAGAAUUAUAUAAUUACUUACAAUUGAUUAGUAACAAUUUUGUAAAAAUAAAUCUCAAUUCGGAUGUACAGUCAAAUGAUGCUGAUUUAAAUACUAGGAGAAAUUUUCAAAAUCAAAGUUUACCUAUCGAUCUUCAAUCAAAUCAAUUAUUAGAUGAAAAUGACAUUAAUCUGUAUAAUAUGAAUUUUAAUUCUUCAAAUUUAAAUAUUGAAUCUGAUAAUUCCUUAAAUUGUACAGGCAUUAAUCAAAGCCUCUUAAAACAAAUAAAUGACCAAGUUCAUACAGCGGAAGACAAAUUUAGGGUAAAAAAAGAAAUGUAUUGUAAUCAAAAUCAAAGUGAUACCUUUAACAAAGCAUCGGAUUAUAAAACUUGUGUAAAUUCUUCGAGCGGAAAUGGUUUUUCAAAUCAAUCAAACGACAUAUUUUUUAAUUAUCAAGUAAGUUCUCCGAAUCAGUAUUCUCCCGUAUCCUCUGAUUACCAAAAACCUGUAUUAGGCACCGAUAAUUUGGUUUCCUUGCAACCUGUAAAAAAUGGAAACAUGGUUAAUGGCUACGGAGUAAGUCAUUCGCAAUUUAUGAAAACGAACGAUAUUCAAAAUAUGGUCAAAACCAAUAACUAUCAAAAUUAUAACGGAAAAGACAGGGAGUCAAUGUUUCAUUCUUAUCCUCAAAAUUUGUCGAAAAAUAAUUCUUCGAAAAAAAGUUAUGGCGCGCAGGGUUUCAAUAAUUAUAAUUUAGGGCAUUUCGAUGCUACCUUCGAUGGAUUUUACAAUGGCGUUAAUCACGAAACUGACAUGCGGAAUCUCAAUGGAAACGUCAAUUUUACAAUGCAUUUUAAAGGACACACAAAUAAUAACAAUAAUAAUAAUAAUGGGUCGAAAAAUAAUAAUUUGAACGAAAUAAAAAAUGCGUGGAAUCCAACGGGAAUACCUAAAGUUAACGGGACCAAUUCUUCUUAUCUCACUAAUUCACCGGCUGAAAUGCAUCCACUGCCUCAAUUUAAUGCACACAUUGAUCCCAGAUCAGGCCACAUGUUUCCUCCACCGAAUCCAAUGCCACAUCUUAUGGGUCCGGCUCCCAUCGACAGUUCAGCUUGUCCACCAGAAUUCCUGGCCGAACUCUCGCGAGCCGCAUGUUUGAGCGGAUGUUAUAUUCCAGGACCACAUGAAAAUUUACCAUAUCCUCUUUUUGGAAUUCUUCCUCCUAUAUACGGAGUCAGACACUUACGUCGCAGUGGACCUUCUAGCGAAUUACACUUAAGGCUGGAAGAAUGUUACGAUCAAUUUAAACAUUUGGAAAAAGAAAGGAAAAAAACGGAAGCAGAACUUGCGAGAAAUAAUCCUGGUAAAAAGGUUUCUUCUGCUAAUAAUAUUCCAGUCCCCAGGUUACCUCCGAAUCCUUCAAGAGUGGACAGACUCAUUGUCGAUCAAUCAAGAGAACAUGCUAGAGUAAUAACUCUUAUUGCCAAGAUGGAGCGUUUACGAGGUGGUAAAGUUAAUGAAAAUAUUCAUACGGCAAUGGAAGCUUGGUUGGAAGCUAUAAAAAAAGUACAGUGUCGACGUCGAGACGAAUUAAUUAAUGCAAACAAUCGUCAUCAGGAUAUGAUGGCGGGUAUCGAAACUUAUCGCGUUCAGGAAGAUAAAGACAUUUUAGCUUUGGCGGCAAGCAUUCAAGACCUGAGCAAAGCAUCGAGAAAGGCACGUACCGCAAUGUGGUGUUCACUCAUGGUAACUCUUUUGAAAAAUUUAACAACGAGCGAUUCGAAGGAAACGGAUUCACCACAAAAUCAAGUUGAUGUCCUCGCACCGAUAGUUACAGACGGCUCUCUUAAUAAUUCUUCGAAUCCUUCGACUUCUUCUUCAAACAAUAAUAAUAAACAUUGUGAUACAACAACAACAACAACAACAACUGCAACAGAAAACGAAACGACCAACACCAAUCAAUGA